AUGACCGUCAAUAAUAUCCUCUCCUAUGUCGCAAAUGCAUCUACAAGCGCACCUACAAGCGCAGCCCCACCUGGUCCACCACCUCAACCCAACUCAACAACACCAACAGCAUUUAUUUCCACCUCCGACCACGAACGCUUCAAGACAAGGCAAUCAAUACACAGCCCCAACGAAGACUAUAUCUCCUCCCAGUACAGCUACCAAGCCCCUAACAACGUCAAUCCCACCGAUGAUACGCAUGAAUACCGUAACCAAUGGACUGGGGCUGCGAUACCCGCCGACCUCGCUAUGCGCGAUAGCUUCACGCCUUCGUAUAAGAGACAGGGAAGCUGUGAUGUGCUUACGCCGCCUGCAACAAGUAGGACGGAUGCAAGGGCGAAUAUUCUGACAACGUUGAGGCCGAGAGGGGAAGCGGAAGUGGUCCGGGUGGGUAUGGAAGGAUUGCUUCAGAUGAGGGUGAGGUGGAAGAUAGCAAAGAAAGACGAAGGAAAAAAAGUAAUGCCUCCGUUAAUGACAUUAAGUCAUAGGCCAUGA